AUGGCAGAACUAGCUCUCGCAGCCGUGUCACUAACCUUCCAAGUCUUCUCAGGAUGCAUACAGGGCUACGAACUCAUUACAGAUGCGAAGCACAUGCCUUCUGACUGCCAGUACCUCCGCGUGCGUCUAAAAACCGAGCAAUACCGACUCCUCGACUGGGCCGAUGUCGUCCGCCUCGACGAGACAGAUGAUAACCUUUUAAUUUCAAAUUCAUCAAAAGGCCUGCUUCUCGAUGUACUCGACCAACAGCGCCGUCUUCUGCACCAGUUCGGGCGCCUGGACGAGAAGUACAAGAAGCUUUCGAAGCCGCUGUUAGUCGACUAUGUUGAAGAGCACGAUGGUCGAUUACCUGAACCACCCGCUUAUGCUCCUGCAGACGACUCCCCUACAGUCAGGAGAGUUGAUUCGGAAUUCCGAACGCGGUUUCCGCAGUCGCAGGUGUUGCUGAAGAAAAGUGUGGACUGGGCGAAGAAGAGCACGAAAGUCCCUAGGAAGCUGAAAUGGGCUACCUUUGACAGAACGAAGAUCGAAGGCUUGGUCUUGAAAUUGACGAGCUUCAACGAUUUCAUGCGCGACAUGCUGAAUUCGGCGCAGCUGGAAAGUCUGUUCGUUAAACAGGAACGCACAGAAUUCCAGAUCAUGCAACUGAACAGCAGUAUUCAGAACCUCGUCCAGAUCUUCGAAUCUACGACGCUCCAAAUGAAGAGGGGACAGAGAAGGUCGCGGCAUGUGACCAACCCCGUGCGAGCGUACAUGCGAUCCCAAGGCCUGGAUGACCUCGACGACGAAUACGUGGAGACAUCCAAGCCAGGACUGCAGAGCCUGGCUGCUCUCGCGCAAUUCAAGGCCCUUAACUCCGCGAUCCAAGAUCCCAACGUCUUCACAGACGAGUUCACAAACAGUAUCGCGCUCUCCCACAGCGCCUCGGAAACCCUUAACGUCGAGCUCUCACGCGCACACAUCAGUAUCCUCUCCCCCACCGACCCAGACUCAGCCCCGGAAAGCCACCGCGAAGAAGCCUUCUACCAACCGCCCCACGCCCGCAAAACUUCCGUAUGGAUCGAAUGGAAAACCUACGAACCACCACCCUUCCAGCCGACUGGCCCCGACCCCAAAAUCCUCGAGCGUGUGAAAGCCCUCGCCGCGCUUCUCAAGGAAAACAACCGAACAGACCAAUUCCGGGCACCCCAUUGCCUAGGCUACUUCCAAGAUAUCAAUGAAGAAACAGGCGAAGACCACUGCCGCUUCGGCCUCGUGUUUGAGAAGCCGGCGUCCGCGCACCCGUCCACGCGCCCCAUGUCCUUGCACACUUUGCUUACGAGUAAGGAUAUCGAUAUGCCGAGUCUGACGGACCGUAUCGCACUUAUGCGUCUGCUCUCCGAGACUCUCGAGCGCCUGCACGCGGUGAACUGGCUGCACAAAGGCCUGCGCUCGUCUAACAUAUUGUUCUUCUCUGACUGCGGACCCGCGGAGGUCAAUUAUGCUGAUCCGUUUGUAUCGGGCUUUGACUACUCGCGCCCGGCGAUGAACGAUGACAUGACAGAGAAACCGCCUGAGAAUGCGUCCGCGGAUAUAUAUCGGCAUCCGCGGGUGCAGGGCUCCGGCCUACGUGAAUCGUCCUCGCCUUUGUCGUCAUACAAGAAGUCGUAUGAUUUGUACGCGCUGGGUGUGAUCCUGCUGGAGAUUGCAUAUUGGAAACCAAUCGACGCUAUUGUGGAAAUUGAGAAUCUGGAGCGGGCGAAGCCGAGUUUAGUGUUUGGCGUGAGAAAGAGAUUGUUGGAUGUGAAGGAGCCGUUUUUGAGGUAUGUGAGGAGCCACUUGGGAUUUUCGGUGGAGGCGGUCGUGCGGUCGUGUCUUUUGGGGCCGCAGGCGUUUGGGUUGCGAGAUGGUGUUGAUGAAAAGAAUGAGGAGAUUGGCGCGGAGUUGCAGAAGGCAUUUUAUGAGAAGGUGGUUAGAAGAUUUGCGCAGAUGAGGAUAUGA